AUGAAACAAGCUCUGCUUAAGCACCGUACUCCGCAGUAUGGUUUAGUAUCGAAUUCUAGUUAUGACUGGCUUCGGUAUCAGGAAGAGGAGCAAGAGCGGAUAAUGGUUAUAUUGGCAAAUGCCCGCCACCAACAACAUGCGUUUCUGAAAAGUGAUUUAAGGACUAGAUCGUCGUUUAUUUCAAGGUUGUGGAAUGAUGGUCUUGGAAUGCUACACUCCGGUAAGAGGGUGAGAGGAAAUAAAAAAUGUGUAAUUGAGUAUUCCGUGUUUCAGCCUGCGAUGACAUCUGCGGUGUCAGAGAUGGACUAUGAGGACCAGAGUGAAGACAGGUUUCAAUAUAUAGUUUCAAAUUGUAUUGAGGCUAUGAAGGAGGAGGGCAAUGAAUUGAAGCGGAUUCCUACUGGGUCCAGUGGUUCGUAUUUUGUGUAUGGCACGAGUGGCGAGAUCGAGGGGGUUUUCAAGCCGAAAGAUGAGGAGCCAUAUGGGCCACUGUCGCCGAAAUGGACAAAGUGGCUACACCGCACUUUCUUCCCCUGUUUUUUUGGACGCACUUGCCUGAUUCCAAACCUUGGAUACAUCUGCGAGGCAGCUGCAUCACUGCUGGAUCGCAGGCUUCACACAGGCCUAGUACCUCGAACUGACACUGUAGUCCUUGACUCCACAAGUUUCUAUGAUGCACGAAACCGCUGGUUUUGUGGAUUGACUAGCAGGAAACAGCGCAAGUUGGGAUCUUUCCAGCUAUUUCUGAACGACUAUGUAGGCGCAAAUGAGUUCUUCGAACGCUAUCCACUGCAUAUGACGCAACGUCAACUAGAUGAGGUGGAUGAUCUCGAGGCCGCGAGAUUCAGGUGGACACCAGACACCUUAAUGCAGUUACGACAGCAACUAGAGAAAUUGAUUAUUCUGGAUUAUAUUAUGCGCAAUACGGAUCGCGGUCUUGACAAUUGGAUGAUUCACCUGACAGAAACUUCAGAUGGCUGGAAGAUCCAGAUUGCCGCGAUUGACAACGGUUUAUCAUUUCCUUGGAAACACCCGGAUGAGUGGCGCUCAUAUCCCUACGGAUGGCUGUACCUCCCCCUGUCAAUAAUAAAUAAGCCUUUCUCCAAAGAAACCCGCGAACAUUUUCUUCCCAUCCUGCUAAGCACUGACUGGUGGGAGAAGUCGUACGAGGAAUUUUAUGAGCUCUUUAGUAGAGAUGCUGAAUUCCAAGAAAGGAUGUGGAAGAAACAAUGGAGCGUUAUGAAGGGUCAAGCAUUUAAUGUCCUAGAAACCCUGAAACAUCCUAACCAGGGACCACUGGAGCUGGUCCGCAGAACACGCUGCCUCGUCUUCGAUGAGAUACUGGAGGUCACCAGUCAAUACCUUCCACAAAACAUUAUUCGGUCGGCUAUUAAUGAAGAACUUGCGAUGGCCUCUUCUCCUAUGGUUUUAUCAUCUGUUCCUGAAGAAAGUGCAAUUAUAGGGUUUCAGCCUAUAACUGGCAAAAGGACUCAUGAGGAGCAGGAUCAAUCGCCUAUGGAUUAUUCAAGUCACGAUGGAUUUUCAAACUCAAGCAGCGCUUUAAACCAUGCUAAUACUAAGAAGGUUAUUGUAGAGAGGCUCCAAAUAUGUAACAGUAGGCCACCAGUAUUCACCUGGUUUUGA